GCCUUUGUGCUUCAACCAUAAAUAACAGGUUGCGAUGGUGUGCAUCAUUUUUAAAGUAUUAAUUCAAGAUAAUGAAUAGAGAGAAAUAACUGCUUUAAUUAUUGUAAUUGUUAAUGUGCUAACAGUGUUUUUGGUGAACAGUUGGAUGUAAAAUGUCAGAUAAUGUCAAGGCUUGCUUUCAGGCUGCAUUAUGUAUAUUGAGCUGCACUUCCUCUGAAUGGUUAGUAAAGGUGCAUGUUUGCACGCAUGUUCAUGUACUUCUGGCAUCCUGUUCAGGCCCCUGUGUGGUUUGCAUGUUUCAUAGGCGUUGAAAUGUUUCAAAAAUAGCUGUGAACAGAAAACUCUAAUGUAGUUUUGGUGGAGCUGGAUUGCUUCUGUCUACCAAAGAAGAUCACACUGAUAAAGAUGCGCACUUACUGUGUACUAUUACACAUUUUUGUUGUUCUUCUCUUGUGUGAUUAUGGGAUGUUUUCCACAUCAUCAUCAUCCUCUUCAGAGGAUUACAUCACAAGUUCAAACAUAUGGAAGAUCACCUCUACAACAGCAGAAUCAACAAAAGUCAGAUAUUACCCUACUGGAACAAUCACAGAGCUAACAACAGAGAACCUGACAGAAGAUAGCAAUUUAAAAAGUACAAUGAAUACGAGUAAUUACUCUUCCGCAGAAGGCAGUAGCACCACCGCAACGAACAAACUGAUCUAUCCACCAGCCCAUUCCACAGGACGUCCAGAGAGUCCCAUGCCCAAAGUAGUCGAGAACACGCAAAAUUCUGAGACCAGCAAAGAUAGCCCUAAUACAGGAAAAUAUCUAGGUGUCAUCAUUUUGGUCUUCACUGUGAUUCUCAUCAUUCUUCUUCUUGGCAUCUUGUAUUUUCUGAGAAAGAAAGGAAGAAGUUACUCGUUUGACCUGACUCAUGCCAGCUGCCCUGCCAAUGAAUAUGAUACUCCGCUCAGGAGCGUGGAACAAGGCGUAAACUAUGAACAUACCAACAAAGAGUGUCUGGACUACAUACAAGAAGACAAAUCAGAGGAGAAGGCCAGCCUGAUGGCCAAUGGGUGUGCAGGAGAGAAAACUGAACAAACACCUGCUUCUGAAAAUGAACAACAAAAUGCUCCAGAGGAGAACAGUUUCACCUUGAGCCCCAGCUUGACUCCGCCCAUGAAGAAAGUCGAGUUUAAUCUGGAUCUGGAUCUGAUCAGCAUAGAAUCUGAGCUGAAUAGUCCAACAACAGUCGAUGGCAGUGAUGCUCCACAAAAUGAAAACAACAGUAAUGUUUCCAAUGCUGGGAGAGGAACAUCAGAGGAGCUGUUUACUGAAAUCAAUCUAGACGAACCAAAGGAACAAGCAUGAAAGUCUGUUUUUUCCAAACGUUACCCGAGAUGUCAGGACCUUGACACCAAGAUUCAAACUAUAUCUGUGUCUGCUCAGGACACAGUUUUAUCAAUUUCAUCAUUCUGACUUCAAGUUCAUUUUAUUUACUAUAAAUGCAGAUUAUAUACUGUACAUAACUGUGAUGAUUGUGGAAUAAUUGUAUGUAGUUUAUGUCAAAAAUGUUACUUUAAAAAAGCUGAUAAUAAAACAUAGCUUGACAAACUCUUGACAAAAUCUAUGACAGCACUGCAUGUUUUAUUUUUACAGAAAAGGCAAAGUAGUUCAAUCUUAUUACUAUUUUACUAUUACUUUUUAGCAUUUUUAGAGGUGAGUUAUAGUCUGCAGGAGGAACUGGUUACAGGUAUAUACCUGUACUUUCCUUCGAUGGUCAUGGCCUAAGGCCUGUCCUGAAUCAUCCAUCAAUUCUGAAAGGAACCGAACAGAACAAUCAGUUUUUGUAUCUCUGUGCUCUGGAACUGUGAAGAAUUGUUCUGUCUGUAUGUAAAUGUCUUAAAAAUCUGUAUCUUCCCCCUAUGAUUGCACAAGUGUCUGAUCUUUGAAAACGCACUACUGAAAUGAGACUGCUAUUAUAAAGGACAUCUAAAGAUAGCCGAAGGGACUUUCCAGUCUGACGAGAACUGCUGAAGAAAAUUUUAAAGAUUGCGCUAGAACAAGAAAAAGAUUAUAUUUAGAGAAUCUUCUUAAGCUGAAGAAACCACCUAAAGUCUGUUGGUUUUAGAGUGGUUUUUUUUAAUUUUGUAUAAUUGCUUAAGUACCAAAAGUGUAUAGGGCAAUUAGAGACCCGAGAUAUGUAAUAGUGUCAUUUCUUCACACUUCCAUAAAUGAGAUCUUUAUGAUUAUUUGAUAUCUAUCUAUAUAAACGUAUCUAUAUAUAAGUUUACUA